CGGCGGGGGGAGGCUGGCCGCCGGGGCCAGAGGCUGCUGGUGCUGCUGGUGCUGGUGCUGCGGGGCGCUGCUGGCUCUUCUCGGGCCCCGGCCUCUCCGUCCGUUGGGCGGGAGGAGGGCAGAGGCGGGGGCCGGGAUGUGAGGGCGCGCCGUCUUCCUCCUGGUCGGGGAUGGCCAGGACCAGCAGGCGGCCAAGGAGGCGGCGGCGGCGGCGGGGCUGCGCUGGGGCCCAGGCGGCGGAGGCGUCGGAGGCCGGUCCCUCUCUCGUCGGGCGCCGGCGGGGAUGCGUCUGCCGGGGCUGCUGCGGGAGCCUCCGGCUGAGAGCCCCGACCCGAGCCCUGCGCCGCCGCCUGCGGCAGCCAUGCUGCCCUGGAAGCGGCACAAGUUCGCCGUGUCUCCCGGCGGCGGCGGCGGCCCUUCUCCUGGGUCGCCCUCCUCGGCCUCCGUCUCCUCCUCGGUCUCCUCGUCUGCCGGCUCGCUGUCGGGCGUGGGUCGGCUGCUGGGCUGGCGGCGUCGGCGUCGGAGCUUCCCGGUGAGCCGGGAGGCGCCGGUCUACUCGGGGCUCUACCUGGGCAACGCGGGCACCCUGCAGGCCAAGGGCCAGGGCUGCACCGAGGGCGCGGUGGGCAAGAUCUGGGCGCGGAGCCAGGCCGGGCGUCUGGGCAGCCGGAUGCGGCUCUGGCUGGCGCCCCAGGGCCUCCGCCUGGCCCCCGCCCAGGAGCCCCCGGCCCCGCAGCAGCAGCAGCAGCUCUACCUGCUGCACCGUCUGACCCACUGCGCGGCCGACGCCCGGCUGCCCCGGCUGCUGGCCUGGGUCUACCGGCACGAGGGCCGCCACAAGGCCGUGGUGCUCCGCUGCCACGCCGUGCUGCUGCCCAAGGCCGCCCAGGCCCGCGCCCUGGCCCUCCGCCUGGGCCAGGCCUCCGCCGACGCCCUCCAGGACUUCCGACGCCUCAAGAAGCGCAGCGACGCCCGGCGCCAGCACCUGCUCCACCUCCAGCGCCACCUCGGGCCCGCCGGGAAGGGACUCCUCGACGCCGCCGAGGCCGAGGCCCCCGCCAACCGACACACCGCCUCCCGGGCCCCCGGCCAGCGCAGCCGCAGCGCUCCCCGCCUGGCAGCCAUCGCCGAGGACCCCCUCGGGGAGGAGGAGGAGGAGGAGGAAGGGCGGCUGGCGCGGGGCCUGCGGCGGAUGGGCCUCGCCAACCACGCCGACGGACCCCGGACGGAGCUCCCCCGGGGCAGCCGCAGCCAGACCCAGUGAGAGCAAGAAGAAGAAGGAGGAGCAGCAGAGCAGCCUCGUCCCAGGCACAGCCCUCCCCAGGAAGAGCCCCCCUUGAUCCGCUGGGCCCAGAAGGGGGCCACCUGCCAAUCUCCCUCUCUGGCCCUGGACAGCUGGACCCUCCCCUUGCCCCCCCCCCAGGGAGGGAGGGUGGCACUCCACACAUGCCCAGGAGAGGCCUUUGGGCGGCGGGGAAGGGGCUUUCGGAUUCCUCUGAAGCACUGAGCUCCUGGGGCCCUCCCUGCCCCCCCCCCCCCAA